CACAGAAUUUGUGUAUCCACAAAACGUCAUGAAAAAGCAUUUCCGCCUAAAUAAUCAAUAAUGGCUGCGAUAACGGCGAUGGUGUUAUUGUAAGUAAAAACAAAACAAAACUGAUGUUACAAUUAGCGAGAUGGAAACAGGUAAGAAAUCGUCGAUAGCAGACGACCACAACACUAAUCAAAACGAAGCAACAUCUACUGGCCAGAUACCGAGACUAGCGGACCAGUUUGUUUCUCCCGUCUCCGACAAAACAUUGUCAUUAGACAUUAACCUGUUAUCAGAGGUCAAGGCAGAGCCCCCAGCUGCAGGCCUGUAUGGAAACAUCCCAUCGAUAGUUAUUACUCCAGCCUCCCCUGGCUCUUACAUAAAUGAGCCUGGAAAGGAUGGCAGCACAGACACAAGUGAAAUCUUCUCUGACACUAACCCUAAAGCUCAGCCAGAUAUGGACAUGGUGAGUGCACCUUGCAUCAAUCUCAACGAUAUCUCUUUGCGGAUUCCUAAAGACUCUGAUGACAAAUCGUUAUUGGGCACUCCUUAUUGUGAUAAAACACUAAAUAUCUCACGUCCCCUUGAAGCGGAGUGUGCCCCUUCCAAGUAUUGCAUUGAUACAAGUAACGAUGAAGAUUUAGAAGUGAUUUGUAGAUGUUCUUCAACCCCGAUAAAAGACACUGAACGAAAUCGACGAAAUGAAAGCGAAGAAACAAACUGCAGUAUCUCUUCCAUCGAGACGACAAGCCCCAUAAUCGUCAGACCUAAUGUUGUGGGACCUACCCAUGAUGAUAGCACUGGCCAACCACUUGUUAGUGCAGUCCGCAGUGUACGUAACAGUUCCAAAGAUAUCACAGUAACCUCGUCAUCAGAUCCUUCAAUCAUGAGUCCUGACUUAGUCUAUCACAACUCACACUGCCAAGUAAAUCAAGAAAACCAGACAUCUCAACCCCUAUCGCAGAUUUCUGUAGCCCCCUCGAACCCUAUGGCCUAUGACAUGAGCCGAGGUGUGAACCCCAGCCAACUGCCGCCGACCCCGCAUACAACGAGUCUGCAGGAGAACGACGCGAUACUGGGGGUGCCAGGAGGAGCACAUAUGUUCCCGGGUCACCAUCACUCGCAAGGGUACGGUCACGCGAGUCAUGGCUCUUACAGCGAGUACUACCCUUCCUCCAACAGCUCGUGGACUGACAUGAGUUACCGCACAGACAUGUCGCCGAUUCCUCCAAUGGCAGGGAACGUUUCAUCCGACACCUGUGGCUAUCCUGGACAUACUGCGGGACCUCUUAGCGGGUCCUCAGACUCGGAAUAUUUCGUUUAUCCGUCCAUCUACGUGUCUAGCGCGGGUCUAAUCUCUGUCCUGCUCAGGAAUGACAUGUCUGUGGAGAUGACAGUAGACCGUACGAUCCGUGUGGUGUCUCACAACCACAUGAUGGCUGUAGCCACCGACAGCCGUGGGACCGCCGCCUGCCUCUAUCACCCGGCCCUCAAAGUAUUCCAGAUCGGCACCACCACCGAUAUAGCUACUGACAACUUCCGCGCUCGCAUGGGCAGUGGAGAUUCUAUCGUCUUCUCGAAUGGAUCGCAUUUCUUCAAACUGGAAGACUCAGAGCUGCAACCAACGGCGGCUAUCAAGUUCUCUGACAUCCUGAGAGAUCAGUCAGUGAACCUGCUGUUUUCAUCGGAGGGUUACGGGGAAAGUCUUGUUGCAAGCUGCAUGCAAGUUGCAGCCCAGGCCGAGUACGCUAACCUCCCGAAAGGCGGUGUUAUCGUCCGCAUCAAUGGUGUCAAAGUCACACAAACUGGAAAUGGUGACGUUACUGUGGUCACAGGGGCAAAGUUUAUCCGCCUCUCUCCUCAUUUCGGCACUACUAGACUGAGCAACCGCUUCGUGGACAUAGAGGUAGAGAAGGACUGGACGGUCAAGCUGACGAGAGGGUCUCACAGUUUCAUUAGUUCCCGUAAGCGUUCUAUGGUGUGCAACGGCAAGAUGGAGGCGGGCUUCGAUGAGAACAAUGGCCUGAAGGUAGCUAAUCUAGUGCCCAGACAUCCCCUGCUCACGGACCCUGGUCUGAUCAGGCGACAGAUGAGGAAGCCGGCAAGGUUCCUUGGGCCAUCCUCGGCAACAGCUAAACGGAAGACCGACCACUGGGGUAUGGGGAGGGGAGGAGGGGCCUACUGACUGCUGCCCCCUUAAGAAAGUUGAUUUAGCGAUAGGGAGAUGGCAUUUCGUUCUCCAACAAUGGUUUUAUUUUUCAUGAAAGCGCUUUACGACUAAAAAGAUAUUGUGAAAACGUGAGACGUAUCAAUAGCAUACGGGAUGUGCUAACUCUAUGUUUUGACUUUUCAUCUAUAAUCAUUUAUUUAUCAAUUAUUGAGAGGAGUGCGGACUUCGAAGACUUAUCUGUCUCACGAAGCAAACCCUCUGUGUUUAGAGUUUGAAGGUUCUUUUUUUUUAAAUUUCGAAGUAAAUGGGUAAGCAUUAAUCAGCAUGGUAAAAUGGUUUUAAUAAAUCCAUUUUCAGACGAAAAGUGAAUUGUAUAAAAUAAAUGUUUCUUUAAAAGUAAAAUAUGAUUAUAAUAUUUUAGGUAUCAAAGAAACAAGUCAUCAAAGCCCUAUUGCUAGAUCAAGAGACUAUAUUACGAUGGUUUAAUAAAUGAUUAACAGAUUUAUGUACGUUACAUUAACCACGGUGUAUCAUCUUUAGAUAAUAUUAUGUUCCUCAUUGGGAAACAGUAUGAGAGUUUCAUCUUUUGUAUCCUUGUUUUAAAAUCUAGAAAAGUUCUGACAGCGGGCAUUCUAGCAUGACCUGAAGACAUCGCAUUACUUUUCACAUGUCGACGAAAUACUAUCAGAGUUACCACUGACAAGACAGGCGAUAUCAGUAUUUGAUAUGCGAAUCGUUGACAAAGCGUGCAUUGCUUUCUUUUUACAGUUGAAAUUCCAAGUAUUUAAAUAAACAAUUUGUCUUAACUUUGA